GAAGAAAAUUCUUCCCAGGAUGGUCUCGCACUCAGAGUUGAGGAAGCUCUUCUGCUCAGCAGAUGCAGUGUGCUUUGAUGUCGACAGCACAGUCAUCAGGGAAGAAGGAAUCGAUGAGCUGGCCAAAUUCUGUGGUGUGGAGGCUGCCGUGUCUGAAAUGACACGGAGAGCCAUGGGAGGAGCAUUGCCUUUCAGAGAUGCCCUCACUGAGCGCCUGGCACUGAUCCAGCCCUCCAGGGAACAGGUGCAAAGGCUCCUAGCUGAGCACCCGCCACACCUGACCCCCGGCAUAAGGGAGCUGGUGAGCCGCCUACAGGAGCGGAAUGUCCAGGUGUUCCUCAUAUCUGGCGGCUUUAGGAGUAUCGUGGAGCAUGUGGCUGCAAAGCUCAAUAUCCCAACAAGCAAUGUGUUUGCCAAUAGGCUGAAAUUCUACUUCAAUGGUGAAUAUGCAGGUUUCGAUGAGACACAGCCAACAGCCGAAUCUGGUGGGAAAGGAAAGGUUAUUCGCUUUUUAAAGGAAAAAUUUCACUUUAAGAAAAUAAUCAUGAUCGGAGAUGGAGCUACGGACAUGGAAGCCUGCCCUCCCGCUGAUGCUUUCAUUGGAUUUGGCGGAAAUGUGAUCAGGCAGCAAGUAAAGGACAAUGCCAAGUGGUAUAUCACUGACUUUGUUGAGCUCUUGGGAGAACUGGAAGAAUAAUCUCAUCUUCUGCUCACUCAGAACAACUCCCCUUCUCGAAGCUACACAGUCAGACUCCUGGUAGAGUCUAGGAGAUAGCUAUUUUUUCUACUGUACCAAUAUUAAUAUGACUACUAAUUACCUGGAGAGUUUUAUAGUCUGAAUUCUUUGUGUAUAUUCCUGCGUAUAUUUUACCUGGAAUUCUUUCUGAGAUGCAUAGUAAACUAAAUGCUUUUACUCUUG